CGGUGUUGCCGGAGUUGCUGGUGAGGAGAAAAAAAUGUCCGUCCUCUCUUCUCCAAGAGGGAAGGUAGAAGUGGUCCAUUGCCGAAGAACAGAAUCACAGGAUAUCUUUUGUAUCAAAAACCUCAUUAGAAAAUUUACUCAGAGGCUGUUUGGGAGGCUCAACAUCAUCUAUCUUCUAGAGAAGGCAAACCUCGCUGUUACCCUCUGCAAUGACAAGGAGGAGAUCAUGGCCAGCGCCAUCUUUGUGGACUAUCCCAACUGGAAUGUUGCCAAGCAGGAGGACUGGCUGUCUGUGUUCCGGGAACUUGACAGCGAGAUCCCAUGCACACCUCUGAACACGCUGUUUCUGCACUUUUUCGUGACUGUAGACGAGUAUGCCACAGGCUGCCUCAAAGAGAUCAUUCGGACUGUGUUCAAGGCGGUACCAGAACUGUACUUCAUAUUCCUGAUAGUGCCGACAUACGUGAGCCUCGGCUCAACUCUGAUAACUGUAUUUGACCAAGUGGGGAACAUGCCAUGUCUGUCCUACACCGAUGACUUUGCAGUGCACAUCUGUCGCAGGGAGGACCACUACCCUCAGCUACAUAUUCGCAGAGCCAGGGUGGAAGACCACGACGAUCUCAUGCCGAUAUUUAUGCGCUUUGACAGCACUCUCAGAGACAUUUAUGGUGACUACUUCCUGGCUGAGCUAAUAGAGGCCCAAGACGAAGAGAAUCAUGCUGUGGUGUGUGAGGUGGAUGGCAAAGCCGUGGGGUUCAUGAGUGUGUGCUCCAGUGUGAACUUGCAGCUGCUGCAUGAAUGCUUUGACCUGGGCACUUUCCAUGGAUUCUGCAUGCCACAUCCUGGUGAUCUUCUGGAACCAUCGAAAGAGUCGAGUAUUGAGGAAAGUCAAGGCAUUGAAAGCAAGAGUGACAGCCAGGGUUCUCGAAAUGUAGUUGAGGAGCCAGGGGGAAGUGCUUCUGCAGAGGAGAUGAUCCAGGAAAAGGAGGCUGAAGAUUCUUCAUGUGAGGACACUGUGUCACCAUACUUAAGUAAAAUGUCUGAUGAUUUACAGGACAAUGAUCAGAAGUUCAGCUUACUUUCCUUUGCCGGCGAUGAGGACGUCAGUUUGAGCAGUGAGAGCUCCCUGCCAUCCUUCCUGUUCCCUGAGGAAUCCUCGCACUUCCGCCCCAUCUACCUGGGAGAUUCUGACGCGUUUUGUAUUCAGCUCUUUUGUAUUGAUGAGAAGUAUGAGGCAAGGUCGCUGGACUUUAUGAGUUUUGUCUUCAGUCUUUUUCCUAAUAAGAACUACUGCUUAAUAUCUGUGCCCCGCCUCACACCUGAGUUCGUCCUCAUCCAGAACUUCGUGAAGGUUGUCCCAUACAACAAUUGCACCCUGGAGCAUGAUCUCUAUAUGUUCCAUCGAGCUGGAUUGCUCAAAUCCAUUCAGAUAAGAUUAGCCAAUGCUGUGGAUGCUCCUGGUGUUGCAAAUCUCGUUAACACUCUCCUGCUGAGCAGAAAGAUACUGGAUGAUUUUGACCAAUACAACGAGGCUUGCCAAGACCCUGAUGGAACAGAGCUGCAGGUGUUUGUGGCUGAAGUUGCACAACAAAUAGUCGGCAUUGCAGUGAUCAGAAAAGAAAUGGAUAUAGAGUACAUACGAUCUCAUUAUAACAUUGAGGAUUUCAUCUACUUCAGCCACCAUCAGCAAGAAGAACAUGGGCGCUUGAACCAUUUUGCCCUCAACCCUAUUUUUCGACACUAUACCAAGUUUUUCCUAAAGGAGAUUCUUCGAUUAGGCUAUAAGUCAUGCCUCUACUACCCUGUCUACCCACAGUGCCGGGAAGGCAAGCUCCAGAGCUCUCACUCCCACUCCCUGACAUCUGCCCUUCAUUACUUGGUUCCCGUGCGACCACGACGACAGAUUGUCUAUCCUCUGGAAAAGCUUGGCAUAAACGCUCCAUCAAAGGAGGUCUCCAAGGAUCAGGUGGGUUACGCCUUGAACCACACAAACAGAAAACUGACAUUAGAGCCGAAAGUCACCGUGAACGCCAGAAUUGUUGUGGUUGGCGCUUCCAGUGUUGGAAUUUCAUUCCUAGAGACACUGGUGUUUUGCUCUCACCUGAAAUUUAAUAAUCUCACCCUGAUUUCUACUAAUGGACUCCCAGGAAAAAAACUUUUGGGCAGCGAACAAAGGAGGUUUCUAGCAAGCGACCACUGUUUUAAUGAUAAAGAUUAUGCACUGAUGUCACUGUGCUCCUGGGUUAACGUUGUGGUCGGUAGAAUGACGGGUCUAGACCGAGCAGCCAAGCAUGUUGUGGUUUCCAAGACUGAGAUCGUGUUUUACGACCACCUCAUUCUCUGCACCGGGCAGCAGUACCAGGUUCCGUGCCCCACAGAUGCUGACAUACAUCAACACCUGACGAACAGAGAGGUUCUGGAGAAAAGCAAGCUGUGGUACACUGGGAAAGUUCCUUACAACCUUUUCAUUCUCAAUGAGGAGGAAGACUGUGUCGAGGCACUUAUUUGGAUGAGAAACAACUCCAUCCUCACAGAAGGGACGGUCAUUGUCUAUGGGAAUACACUCGAUGCUUAUACAACAGUCGAGACACUCCUACACAUUGGCAUGAAGGGGAGCUGCAUCUACUUCGUUCAUCCGCCAGCUGACUCGAACGUAACCUGUAUCAACAACUAUGUCAUAGAGAGCGCCCUGGAAGACGCGCUCAGCGAAGCUGGAGUGACUGUGUAUCGGGACGCGCUGUUGGCCCAGUGGAACGAUGGCCAGAACCCGGAUCCCAUCUCCAGUGCCUGCUUCACCACUUCCACCAAGCCUUUCAGACUGGAGUGUUCAGCAUUCUUCAGCUUCUACAAGAAGAAUGUGGAUUACGAAACAUUUAAAGCUUUGAAUGACGCAUGCCUGGUCUAUGAUGGCCGGCUUGUGAUUGAUACUGCCUUCCACACCAAUGAUAUAGCCAUUAGAGCUGCUGGCUCGCUCACCAAAUUCUCCAAUCGCUACUAUUCAAAUGAUUGGACUCACAUCAAUUUCAGUUCCAAAGAAAUUGGCUUCCAGCUGGCAGCAGCCAUGCUUAGCCUCUUUGACCCCACCCUUGAGCCUGUGACUGAACCGCCAGCUGACCUAGACCGGCUCAUCCCCAUGUACAAGGGAGCCAAGAUCCAAGGAGGGAUUCUCCCUGGGUCUUAUCAUUAUCUGCACAUUGCCAAACCCGCCAUCCCAAGUCCCUUGGAUGUACAAAGGGCACAGCCUAACUUUGGAUCAGAAAUAAUAACAGGCAACGCGAAAGAGGGGACAUACUUCCGGCUGUACCUCAGCAAAUAUAGGUUGGUGGAGUCCAUCACGUGCUUUUCAAAGGAGCCUUUCCCAUCCUCCAACUAUGUCCGCUUAUUUGGACAGCAUGAGCAAAUCCUCAACAACCUGUUCACUCGUUACGAUGACAAGCUGAUCCCAGAUCUCUACAGCUACUUCACGGAGCCGUGGUGCAUGGCCCUCUUUCACGAUCGUUUUAUUGAUCUCAAGAAAGAGUUGCGCCAAAUCUUAAUCUCCAAGAAGGAUGACAAUCCUACCAUGGAGCAGAUAGCCUACAGGCUGGAGGAGGAGGAAAUAAACAUGAAUGAGAAGCCCCAGAAGUACCUCCAGAGGGUUUUUGAGGAGUCCAUCUACAAGAACCUGCUGGAAAAGAGCAUCCUGGAUUACCUACAUUACAACAAGUACCACCUGCCCAUGUUCGCAUGGCCAGACAUCAUUUAGCCGCAGCCAGCGUUUCCCUGGCAUCACAUCAACUGUCAGGUCAGCCAGGCGCUCUACAGAUAGAACACCCCCCCCCCCACACACACACACACACAAGCGCGCUCUUACCCGCACUUCCUCCAGUGGGUUCUCAGUGCUCCAGUAGGUGGCGCUAGCCCGUGUGGCACAGCCAAGCCGGGGAGCUUAACACACAGGCAAUGUUCUGUGUAGAAUGAUCCACUCUAGCAAUAAAAUGAGCUCCUA